CUCCCAACACGACCAUGAAGCUGUUCAUCCUUCUCGCUGCCACCAUCGCGCUCGCUUUCGCCGGUCGGGUCGACAUCAACCUCGCCACCGCCGUGCAGAAUGGCGAGACAACCGCGAUUCUCGAGCUGCCCCAAAUCAUGGCGCAAGUCGAGGCCAACCCAGCGCUCCGUUCGCUCUCCGGCGACGCCAAGGUGACCGCGCUUGUCGCCUCCCUUGAAGGACUCACCUCUGCUGCGCAAGCGCCCUACGUCGCCGUCGCAAGCUCCCUCGGCCUUGAAACGAAACAAUUUUGGUCUUCCAACAUAAUUUUGGUCGAGGGUCUCACCCCUGAAAAGCUGGCCCUUCUUGAAGUCACCCCGGGUGACUUUACCCUUCGGAAACAAAACACUGUGUCCCUAUUCCCAACGAUCAACCACGGACCGGCCGCCCCGCUCAGGCAGGGCCUUAACCAAUGGGGCGUUAACAAAAUAAGGGCCCCCGAAGCCUGGAACAUCACGCGAGGAGAGGGCAUCAUUGUCGCUAUCAUAGACACUGGUGUGAACGUUGAUCAUGUCGCGCUCACGGCGGGAUAUGCAGGUGCCUGGGCAGACCCUUACCUCAACACCCCGGGGCCAACGGACGUCCAGGGACACGGGUCCCAUUGCGCUGGGACUGUUCUCGGGACCGCGAAUGGCGUUGGUGUCGCCCCAGCCGCGAAAUGGAUUGCCUGCCGAGGCCUUAAUACUUUCGGAGGGACUGAGGCAGCUCUCACUACUUGUGCCCAAUUCAUGCUAACGGCCAACCCGAGACCGCAUAUUGUUUCGAAUUCUUGGGGCAGUGGGGGAGGAAGACCUUGGUUCAAUACGCAAGUUUCUGCUUGGCGCGCGGCGGGAAUUAUUCCCGUUUUUGCAAUUGGAAAUUCUGGUCCAAAUUGUCGAACGGCAGGCUCACCUGGGGAUCAGCCGAAUCUGAUUUCCGUGGGAAAUACGGACGACCAAGAUGCGGUCGCCAUUCCUCCGGCGAAUCCAUCCUCGCGAGGCCCGAGUUCCACGGGGCUCUUGAAGCCGGAAGUUUCGGCGCCAGGAACUAGAGUCGUCUCAUGUGGGUUGGGUGCCGAUAAUUAUGUGACCAGUUCAGGAACUUCGAUGGCUUGCCCCCACGUGGCCGGAGCUAUCGCCCUGCUCCUCUCGGCCAACCCGACCUGGGGUUACGACGAGGUUUACGCCGCCCUUACGACGACCCCAGCCACGCCCCAGCUCACCACGGCCGAUAGAGGCUGCGGACUUCCGACGGCUGACGACUUCCCGAACAACGCUUUUGGUUACGGGCGAAUCGAUGUUGCUGCCGCACUUGGACUGUAGACAGUCCGAUUAUACACACAUCUCUUUCCAAAUUCGUUUUAUAAGUAUGUGAAUCAUCAAAAAAAUAAAUCCUAUCGGCAUCUAUCCAAACCAAAC